CGUGAACAAGAAGCAAUUUGGCCAUAUCCGGAUAUUUUCUAUUUCUGCAGAGCUACACAAUGGUCCUACGUUUUCUUCAUAGUACAUAAUUUGAACAGAAAGAUGAUCUAUUCAGAUGCAGUUCCUUCGUGGUCCAGAUUAACAAACGAAAUAUUGCGAUUCGACUUGACAAGACGAGAUGAAGGGACUACAAAGCCGCAAUGUGGAUCUGGGAUCAAGGGGACUUAUAACUUGCCAGCUCAUGUCUUUGCGCUGUUCUUGAUCCUGACACUGAGCACACUGGCUUGCGGAUUUCCUCUAGUAUCUAGACGAUCAUCGAAAAGCCCUGCUGCUACGAGGUUCAUAUUCAUAUCUCAACAUUUCGGUACAGGUGUUCUUAUUGCGACCGCUUUCGUCCAUCUUCUUCCAACAGCAUUCGUCUCACUCACGGACCCAUGUCUGCCAGACUUUUUCAGUGUACAGUAUCGUCCACUGGCUGGGCUGAUCGCAAUGUUUUCUGCCUUGGUCGUGGUGGGUCUUGAGAUGUUUCUCACUACGAGAGGUGCCGGACAUUCACAUUCGCACGAUUGGGACGCGCUUGAUGAGGAAGAGGAUGCACACGAACAUUCGGCCAAUGGAUCUGCGAAACCCUUACGAAAGAAGGUAAACGGCAGGCUCGGAAAGCUUGGAUUGAAUCGUCCCAACGAUAUUGCGCUGGAAGAUAUAGAUGCGUCCGAGGGCUUGGUAGCUGGAGUCUCACCGUUACCAGUUUCGACACCAGACGCUGUCGGAACGAACAAUCACAAGUACCACGACGAGAAUGAUAUAGACUCUGAUCUGGAUCUCGACGAGCUCGAUCCUACCGCCGAAGCCUUCAAUCCUUCUCCCCCAGAUCGCGACAUUGAACAAUCUGCGGCGGCUCCCAAAACUCUCUCCACCGAGGAACAGCAGAAGAAACAGAUGCUACAGUGCAUGCUCUUGGAAGCAGGUAUACUCUUUCAUAGUGUAUUCAUUGGUAUGGCAGUAUCUGUGGCUACAGGCCCGCCUUUUGUUGUCUUUUUAGUGGCCAUUGCGUUCCAUCAAUCCUUCGAAGGACUUGCCUUGGGAUCUAGAAUCGCAGCCAUUAACUUUCCUCGCCACUCAAUCAAGCCGUGGGUCAUGGUAUUGGCGUACGGCACCACUACCCCGAUCGGACAAGCCAUUGGACUUAUGGUACAAGAGUCAUACGAUCCACAAAGUGCCACGGGGCUAUUGAUGGUGGGAUUCAUGAAUGCGAUCUCGAGCGGGUUGUUGGUCUUCGCAGGCUUAGUGCAACUUCUCGCCGAGGAUUUCCUGAGUGACAAGAGUUAUGGGAUCCUGAAAGGGAGGAGGAGAUGGGAAGCUUUCGGGGCUGUUCUUGCAGGGGCAACUCUUAUGGCAAUUGUGGGUGCUUUUGCAUGAUCUGAACAUAGGUUACAUGGAUGGAUAUUUGGCAAUGUGCGUGCAUUGGUGGCGUUUCGGAUAGACUGUCUUGGACUGCAGUCUUCUGCUAUGUUUACUAUAUUAUUGUAAAUUAGGAC